AUGGCGAGAAGGCAAGUAGGAUCUACACGACGUGUAGGGGAUGGUGGAAGCUUCCCAUUUGCAGGAGCGUUAAACUCAAAGUCUCGAUCUUCUCCACUAUUAUCUAUUUGCCUUGUUCUUGUGGGUGCUUGCCUACUCAUUGGUUAUGCUUUCAGUGGUCCAGGUAUAUUUAAAAGUGUCAAAGAAGUCAGCAAAGUUACAGGUGACUAUUAUUCAUGCACAGCAGAAAUCCAAAGAGCCAUUCCUGUUCUUAAGAAGGCUUACGGAGAUGGGAUGCGCAAAGUCUUGCAUGUGGGUCCUGAGACAUGCUCAGUGGUCUCCAGUCUGUUGAAAGAAGAAGAGACUGAAGCAUGGGGUGUGGAACCAUAUGACAUCGAGGAUGCAGACUCUCACUGCAAGGGUCUUGUGAGCAAAGGCCUUGUACGUGUUGCUGAUAUCAAGUUCCCUCUCCCUUACAGGGCCAAAUCUUUCUCUCUUGUCAUCGUCUCAGAUGCUCUGGAUUAUCUCUCACCCAAGUACCUGAACAAGACCGUCCCUGAACUCGCAAGAGUAGCUUCAGAUGGUGUUGUUCUCUUUGCAGGUUUGCCUGGUCAGCAGAGAGCUAAAGUUGCUGAAUUAUCUAAAUUCGGUCGACCUGCUAAAAUGCGUAGCGCAUCGUGGUGGAACCGUUUCUUCGUGCAGACAAACUUGGAAGAAAACGAAGCACCAAGCAAGAAGUUCGAACAAGCUGUGUCCAAAGGAUUAUACAAACCAGCCUGCCAGGUCUUCCACCUCAAGCCAUUACAUUAA